AUGGCUUCUCGCCGGGAAAGAACAAGCAGUACAAUUGGGCCGAAGCAAUAUAGUUUUGAAGAAUUAGCAGCGGCAACUGGUCGUUUCUCCCGCAAAAACCUUCUUGGCGAGGGUGGUUAUGGUGAAGUCUUCAAGGGAUUUCUAGAUGAGCACCGUGCUAUUAAGAAACUUAGAAUUAUUUCAUCGGAUGAACAGAGGAAAAAAGAAUUGGAGCACGAGAUCAAGGUCAUUAACAGUGUCAGUCACAGAAAUCUUGUUAAGCUGGUUGGCUACUGCAUUGAAGAAAACGAUGUGUUGCUCGUUUUAGAAAAGAAAAGGGAGGAUUUUGGUUUGGCAAGAAAGAAUGCAAAUCGCCAAAGGCUUAGCAAAAGGAUUGGAAUAUUUGCAUGA